AUGGUUUUGUGUUUGUUUUACGGUCCCAAGUUGGCCGCCUGCGGUAUUGUUGUCAGUAUGUGGGGAAUCAUAAUGCUUGCAAUGUUAGGUAUUUUCUUCACACAUUCUGCUGUGCUGAUAGAGGAUGUGCCUUUCAAUGAGGAAGACAUGCACAACGAUCAAAACCCUCCACAUAUCAUCUACGACCUGUACAACCAAGUUGGCUAUAAUUGUUUCAUCGCAGCGGGUAUCUACAUGCUGGUUGCAGUUCUCUCUUUCUGCCAGAUCAAACUGAACAAGUGCAAGGAGUACAUGGUGCACUAAUACCACCUGCUGGACUGGGCAUGCUACUUCUGCAACACAGCAAAACACUGUCUGGAGAAGAAGAGUGGCUUUUUCCGUAAAUGUUCUAUACUGAGUCUGAAUGAAUGGUAGCGUUGUUAUUGUCUGGCUGUGUCCUGAUUCUCAACACUUAUCCCAAAGUGUUCACUUGUACACUCUCCAUCAUGGAUUUAAAAGCAUUGGGAUUGAGGUGGCAGGUAGCCUAGUGGUUA